AGAUAAGUGGAAGUGGGAGAAGUAAUCAACAAACAUGGAAUCUAUGGAAUCAUCUUUAAAUUUCGUAAAUAUUGUGUCAUUAUUGACAUACUCAUCAAUAUAUAAUCGCAAACAGUCCUUUCUUUUAAUUACUAAUUUACAUAAGUGUUCCCGUAAAGGCUAUAUAGACAAAUUAUCUGAACAGGGGUUCUACUUUGAUUGGAUGAGGAAAGGAACUAAAGCUGGUAGAUUUAAUAUUGUAUGUUUCCAUUGUCAUAGACGAUGGAAAUGUAUGGUAAAAAAUAAAGUAGAACUAUGGUCUACGAGAGUGUUUGAUGAAAUUGAUGAGCACCAAUGUGAAAAAAAAAUAUCAAUAGAUUAUGAAAAUACCAAACUAAUAAUUGCAAUAAUCAUGCAAUUUUGCAAACAUGAUGGAACAUACUUGAAAAAAUUCCGUAAAGAACGACCAACAAUGAACAUACGACAAAAUCGUAUGGAUUCCUUUAUAAGUCAUUCUUGUUUCUUUACGAAAGAUAAGUAUUCUAAAAUUUGCCCCAGCUUUUAUUUGUAUAAUUGUGUGUAUUCCCCCCCUACAUUUAGAUGUACAUGUUGUUACUUUAGUGUACAAUUACAAUAUUUAAUGUCAAAUGGCGACAAUAUUCCAUACCUUCAUAAACAAUAUUUAAAAGAGCAGCAAAAUGAAAUGGAACUCCCGGCAGAUUUUUCAUUAGAAGUUUAUGGUAAUAAAAUAAUUAAAAAUAAUUUCAUAGAUAUCACAAUUCCAAAUUAUUUCAUACAGGAUGAUUGGAUACAUAUAAUACGGCAAAUCUACUAUACUGCUAAUAUAUGUUUAACUAGAAAUGAUUUUUUAAAUGAUGUGCGGAAUCUUAAUAAUUUUGUGGGACGACGACAAAUCAUGUUGGAGGAGGAGGAGGAGGAAACUGAAACGGAAAGAGCAGUAAAUUUCCUUGUGGAAAAUUUGAACACAUCAUCUCAAAUUGUACCCCAAAUAAUUAUUCAGCGGAAACAUAAUGGUAAAAAAAUUCGGAUGAACGCAGAAGAGUCCAAUUCCCUAGUACCAGUAGAGAAAACUCCUCCUCUUCCUCUUCCUCCUCCUCCAUCUCCUCCUCCUUCUCCUUCUCCUCCUCCUUCACCUUCUCCUCCUUCUCCUCCUCCUCCUCCUCUUCUUCCUCCUCCUCCUAUUUUGGAUAUUGAUACUGAUAAUCUUAUUACUGGUAUUGCUAAUAAUGUUACUGGUAUUGCUAAUGCUUCUAUUGAUAAUUAUGCUCCUAAUCUCUCUACACCCUUUCCUUCUACCUCUACCACCUCUUCUAUCUCUACCACUAAAUCAUCAACUAAAAGAAAAAUUAAACAAGUAACACAAAAGGAGAAAAAAAAAACAAAAAAAAAACAUGAUGUCUACUUAAGAUUAAAAGAAGUAGUAAAAGUAGUAAAAGAAAUUUUUAGACUACCACAAAUUCAACAACAAAUGCCGCCACAAUUUUCUUCUCAAUUUUCUUUUCUAUCGGCCUCAGUUCUUCCACAACCACCAUUGGCCUCGGCCUCGGAACCGUCGACGGUUGUCCAACAGCCGGCGACGGCUAUUGGACAAUCGGCGCCGGUUGUUAAACCGCCGUCGAUGCCAUCGACUUCAGCAGCAUUUACACCACCACCACUAACACCACCACCACAAAUUCAACAACAAAUGCCGCCACAAUUUUCUUCUCUAUCGGCCUCAGUUCUUCCACAACCACCAUUGGCCUCGGCCUGGAAACCGUCGACGGUUGUCCAACAGCCGGCGACGGCUAUUGGACAAUCGGCGCCGGUUGUUAAACCGCCGUCGAUGCCAUCGACUUCAGCAGCAUUUACACCACCACCACCACUUCCACCACCACAAAUUCAACAACAAAUGCCGCCACAAUUUUCUUCUCUAUCGGCCUCAGUUCUUCCACAACCACCAUUGGCCUCGGCCUGGAAACCGUCGACGGUUGUCCAACAGCCGGCGACGGCCAAUUGUCGACAGCCGGCCGUCGACACCAUCGACCACGAAAAUCGGCGCUCUACCAGCCUCACACCACAACAACCACCACAAAUGCCGUCAACAACAAAUGCCGCCACAAUUUUCUUCUCUAUCGGCCUCAGUUCUUCCACAACCACCAUUGGCCUCGGCCUGGAAACCGUCGACGGUUGUCCAACAGCCGGCGACGGCUAUUGGACAAUCGGCGCCGAAACCGUCGUCGAUGCCAUCGACUUCAACAGCAUUUACACCACCACAAAUUCAACAACAAAUGCCGUCACAAUUUUCUUCUCUAUCGGCCUCAGUUCUUCAACCACCACAGUUGAACUCUUUGCCAAUAUUCAUUCCACAAACAAUGUCAUCUCAACAACAACAACAUUAUUUACAAUUACACCAACAACAUCAAAUGAUCCAACAACAUUUACAAUUAUACAACACCACUCCUUAAAACACCUCUCCCUUAUGGGGCUCACCACCACCACCACCACCACCACCACCACCUAUGCCACCACCCUCUCCACCACUCUCACCACC